UUUGCGAAUGACCCGGAGCAUGUUUGCAUGGCGAGGCUGUCGGCAAAUCCCACUCCUUGACCCCCCGCAUUGGCUUGCGAUUAGACCAUUUCUGAGUCGUCGUGCCUUGCGCCAGUCGCCCCAACAUGGCACCCGACAAAACGCUGAGGAUCUUCAAACCGCGAGGUCCUGGCUGAGUCGGCUUUCAUCCCAGACCAUUCCCAGAAGUAUCUGCGAGAUCUCUUUCAGCAGGUCGAGUGGUCCAGGCGGUCAGAAUGUGAAUAAGGUAAACUCCAAGGUGACGCUCAGGGUGCCAUUGGGCCUUCUUUUCCCUCUCGUCCCUUCGGUCCUACACCACGAAAUUCGCUCGUCGCGAUAUCUUGCUGCGAGGACGGAUAGCCUGGUUAUCCAAUCGGACGAAACGCGAAAGCAAUCGCAGAACCUCGAACUCUGUUUCGAAAAACUUCGUGAUGUCCUUGCCGAAGCCAGCAAAGCAGCUAUUCCUGGCGAGACAUCGGCCGAGCAGAGGAAGAGGGUGAAAGAACUCCAAAACAGGGCGAACGAGGCGAGAAUCCGGAUGAAAAAGGUGCACAGCAACAAAAAGAACAACCGUAAAGGUAAAGGGUAUGAUGAUUGAUCUCUAUAGAUAUCAACUAUUGCUAUACAAAAGAUAGAAAGGUGGAUUCCAACUGAAUCCAACAUCCAUGUCCGUUACUUUUGUGAACGCCGAGAUGCUCUGUCAUCCGUGCAUCAACCAGAAACGCCUGCCCUUUUUUUUUUAAAAAAAAAGCUACCGUGAAAAAUGAAUAAAUAGUCUCACGAAAAAUAUGAAGUGAGCUGUCCUGGCUGUUAACCCCUCCCUGCAAGAGCUGAAUUUUAAGUUGAUGUUCGCUCCGCAUUUCUAAGGGUGGCUUCCACAACCUGACGAAGAGCUGGAUCAAGACCGUCUGUUGAACUAAUUGAGACCAGCCAUCUGGCAACUUCUUUUGAUAGUUCCUGGGCGGAGCCAGCUCCCGCAAGUUCUUUUAGCCGGCUUAGAGAGUUCCCGAAGGCACGAGGGAACUGUGGAGAUGUUGGUUUGAUUCCCUCGACGGGGAGUCUAACAUAGCAGAUUUGAGCUCGCGGAUUUGUAGGACAAGUCUCCAUUAAAUGCUCAACGACAUGAGUGAGCACGCGCCUAAGACAAGGCAUGUCUUCAAAUUCGGUAAAAAUGCUGAAGAAAUCGUAACCGAGGCCACUGUCUUCAUUGAAUUGUUUCAUUGCCGCGUCGAAAACGGCAAUCGGGAUCGCUCCGGACAAGGCAGGGGUAGAAUUUAGCGUUUCAAGCGCAGCUUCAUCAACUUCGUCAUUCUCCAGCGUCGGAUUGACAUCUUCGUCAUUCAACUUUGGUGCAUCUGUCUCUAUAUCAUCACCGGACCGGAUGGCCUUCGUUUGGGUUCCGCUGUCCAAACCGAGGAUCUUAUGUCUAGCGGCAAUCCGGGCUAUAUAGAUCAUCUCCAGCUUCGCAUACUGUAACCACAUCGUUCUCGAGCUCUUGCAAAACCGUAGCCCUCGCUGCAUGUAACCACGG